CACUAGAACAACAAAUUUUUCGAAAAAACCUGCCAUUUUACACCCAUCAUUCACACGGAACAUUGACAACUGACAACUUUCAACAUGACGCAUCGACAGCAGGGGGCGCACCACGCCUUACCGUUUUAAGGACAAGGACGCGCGGGCUCUACAUUUUAAUAUCGGCAUUAAAGACGAAUUAAUGACACGGAAAAUUUAAACAACAAGAGCGUAUUUAACUUAUACUUGACACGGCGUUUCAAAUUGGCACACGUGUGCCAAUUUCUAGACAAAAGUUUCCCUAUAGUUGUCAAUGUCAUGAGUGUCAUGACAUUUUUACUGCAAAGGAAAUCGUCAUUCUCACCCAAUUUUGUAAAAUUAAUGUAAUUGUAGUAAAUUUAGAGCUACAUUCUCAUAAUAAUAAACAUCCAAAAUCAUUUUGUUCUUUCUUUAACUUGUCUAAGCAAAUUUAUUACUCCUUAACCUCUUCCACUCCUUAAUGACUUUUCCCGAUAACUUCUCUAACUUACGACUUUUAGCUUAGUUAGGUCAAUAAUUUGUUAAUGCAUAAAUUGCUUCGUUUUGUCACCACUGGGCCUAAUACAAAAUCGAAUCCAAUUUGUUGAGUUUACCUGCGUUAAAUAAAAGUUCAGGUGAUUGUUAUCAGAUUACAACAGUAAGCUACUUGUUUUAUUAAUGAAAACGCAUCGACAAAUAUGAAGUUUAUGUGGCACAGGCUGAUUUGUAAAAACCGAAUUAAUCUUAGACUAUUGGACAAUAUCUGCAGAAGCGCCUCUCUUUGUGCACAAAACAAUAAACACGAGACAAGUUCCCCUCACAGACUGUUCUUGGGAGCUUCUAUUGCAACUCUACUAGCCUACAAACUUUAUGACUAUAAGAAAAAUUUAGCAUUUGCCGAGCAAGAGGCAUCAGACACUAAAGCUGGGGUUGCAAGGGAAGGUUUACCUUAUUAUUCUUUACAAGACGUGUCCCAACACUGCAAUAAGGACACCCGAAUAUGGGUGACUUACAAGGAGGGCGUUUACGACAUCACGGACUUCGUAGAGGGGCACCCGGGGGGUGACCAAAUCUUACUAGCCGCAGGCAGCUCAGUUGAGCCCUUUUGGAUGUUGUACGCUGUGCACAACAACCCCCACGUUUGGGAAAUACUUGAAACUCUAAGAAUCGGAAAUGUGACGAAAGAGGAUGCGGGAAAACUGACCGAAAACAUGUCAGACCCUUACAGCACUGACCCUAAACGGCACCCAGUAUUGCACCCCGCGUCUGUUAAGCCCUUCAAUGCCGAGACUCCGCCCUUUCUUCUUGUGCAACAAUUUAUCACCCCCAAUGAGUUGUUUUAUGUCCGCAAUCACCUUCCUGUGCCUAAGGUGGACCCAGAAACUUAUGAAUUGGAAAUUGAAAUUGAGGGCAAAAAUAAGACACUUAGUUUAACAUUAGACGAGUUGAAAAAACUACCGAGACACACUAUCACGGCCACGAUUAUGUGUGCGGGGAACAGACGGAGCGAAAUGACUAAAGUAAAGCCGGUCAAGGGGCUGAGUUGGGGGGCUGCUGCGGUCGGGAACGCGACCUGGACGGGGGUGCGUUUGAGGGAUGUGCUAGCCUUGGCGGGGGUUGACGAAGACGCCGCUUUUAAACACGUACAAUUUGAAGGGCUUGAUUUUGACCCGACUGGGAAAACCUACGGGGCCUCGAUUCCCUUCUGGAAGGCGGCUAGUAAAAGGGGCGAUGUGAUUCUAGCGUUUGAAAUGAACGGGGUCCCAAUACCUCGCGAUCACGGGUUUCCAGUCAGAGUUAUAGUUCCGGGGACUGUGGGGGCGCGCAAUGUCAAAUGGCUUGCUCGAAUUAUAGUGUCGGAAAAAGAGAGUGACUCCCACUGGCAACAGAACGAUUAUAAAGGUUUUUCGCCGAGCACUGACUGGGACACUGUCGAUUUCACAAAAUCACCAGCCAUCCAAGAACUGCCGGUGAUUUCGGCGAUUUGUCAACCCUCAGAGGGCCAAACAGUUCAGACAGACGAUGGCCACAUUUUAGUCAAAGGGUAUGCGUGGUCUGGCGGGGGCCAAAAAAUAGUCCGAGUUGAUGUAACACUUGACGAAGGUGAUACUUGGCAUGUGGCCAAUCUGGACCACCAGGACACAGCAGAGCCGCCUCAGCACUGGAGUUGGACCUUGUGGUCGGCUCGCAUUCCAGUUAAACCGGGGACCAAGACAGUUCAAAUAUGGGCCAAAGCCGUGGAUUCCUGCUACAAUACGCAACCAGAGUCCUUCAAAAACAUCUGGAAUCUUCGUGGAGUCCUCAGUAAUGCUUACCAUCGUGUGACGGUGAAGUUGCAAUGAAGGAAACUAUUUUUUGAGCUCAAAUACCAUUCAUAUUGUUAUUAUUUAAAAUGUAUCAUUGCAAAGAAAAAUAAAUGAUUUCAUUCAAA